AGGUAUUAGAAAAAGAUCGAGAGAAAAAAGAAAUGGGAUCAGCAGCAAAGAAUUGCCUUAAGAUGCCCAAAAUCGUCUUGGUUCCAUACCCUGCACAGGGCCACGUGACUCCCAUGCUGAAAUUUGGUUUAGCCAUGCUUAGUCGUGGGUUCCAACCCAUAAUGGUGACGCCGGAAUUCAUCCAUCGUCGGCUAAUUGCCACGUCCACCGACACGAACGGGAUCCAGUUGAUGUCAAUACCGGAUGGUUUGGAUUUAGGCGGUGCUGGAGCUCCUGAUUUCUUUGCUAUUGAAAAAGCCAUGGAGGAGGUGAUGCCAAGUCAUUUGGAGCGCCUCCUCUUUCAGGAGGAUGAGGACGGCGGAGUUGUGUGUGUUGUGAUUGAUUUGUUGGCGUCAUGGGCCAUUGAAGUGGCCAACCGGUGUGGGAUUCCAGCCGCCGGAUUUUGGACUGCAAUGCUUGCUACUUAUCGCCUGAUUGCUGCCAUACCGGAUAUGGUACACGUUGGCCUCAUUUCUGAUACAGGACUUCCCAAAAAUAAAGGCACAGCAUGCUUCCUACCGGAUCAACCAACGCUGUCAACCGAAUUUUUCCCUUGGUUAAUAGGAACUCAAGCUGCAAGAAAAGGAAGAUUCAAAUUUUGGACUACAGCCUUGGACCGAUCAAGAACUCUUCGGUGGCUUCUACUGAAUUCCUUUUCUGAAGAACACGAGAAUUCCGAUGAUGAUCAUAAUCAACAAAAUGAUUUACCGAAAAUUUUCCCAGUCGGACCUUUUAACAAACACCUGGCGAUCAAGAACCCCAGCUUCUGGAAAGAAGACGCGAGUUGCUUGGAAUGGUUGGACAACCAGAAUAUUGACUCGGUCAUUUACGUUUCAUUCGGAAGCUGGGUCAGUCCAAUCGGAGAGUCCAAAGUCAGAUCACUAGCGGCGACGCUGGAAUCAUUGGGGCGGCCGUUCAUAUGGGUGUUGGGAGCUGCUUGGCGCGAGGGCAUACCAGAUGGGUAUUUGGACUCUGUGUUGAAGCAGGGGAAGGUGGUUUCCUGGGCGCCGCAGAUGCAGGUGCUGCAACAUAAGGCGGUGGGGUUUUUCCUUACGCAUUGCGGUUGGAAUUCCACCAUGGAGGCGAUUCAGUGCCGAAGGCGUCUCCUCUGCUACCCGGUGGCGGGUGACCAGUUCAUAAACUGUUACUACAUUACACAUGUAUGGAAAAUUGGGGCGAGGAUUGAGGGAUUCGAGCAGGGGGAUUUAGAAGAGGGACUGACGAAGCUGUCAAAGGACAGUGAAAUCAAUGGCCGGUUGUCGAGGCUGCACGAGAGGACCAUGGGAGAGGAGGCUCGUGGUAAAAUAAUGGCCAAUCUUACAGCUUUGAGUGAUGAUCUCAACGGGCAAACAUCGGAGACUCCUUAGAUUAGAGAUGAUGAGUUGUGGUUUUUUUUUUUUUUUUUUUAGGUUAAAAUCCCUUUUUGGACCCCCGAUUUGGUCCCUGAACUCAAAAAAUCCCUGAUUUGAUC